AGGGGGGAGCUGGGAUAGCGGUGUCAGACGUCAUGGCUGAGCACGCUGAGCUGUUGGCAGAGAUGGCGACAGUGGGGCGUCUCUCGGCCGCAGAGAGACUUAAGCAUGCACAGAAACGAAGGGCACAGCAGCUGAAAGGAUGGGCGCAGAUGGAGAAGGAGAACGCCCGUGGAGCCAAGGCUGCCCAGAAAGGAGAGAAGGACAAGAAAAACAAGAAGGAGAAGAAUAGGAAAGUGACUUUUCCCAAUAACAUCACUCUGCUGGAGGCUGCUGCUAGGAAUGACCUGGGAGAAGUGAGGGAACUGUUGAAUAGUGGAAUCAGUCCAGACCUCUACAAUGAGGAUGGACUAACAGCCCUACACCAGUGCUGUAUAGAUGACUUUGUAGAGGUGGUGCGCUGUCUCCUGGAUGCAGGGGCGAGCGUGAACGCGUGUGACAGUGAGCUCUGGACACCGCUGCAUGCGGCGGCUACGUGUGGACACACUGGCCUGGUGCAACUACUAGUGAACGCUGGUGCGGACCUGUUGGCGGUGAAUGCUGACGGGAACAUGCCCUAUGACCUGUGUGAAGACGAGGCCACUCUGGAGUUAAUAGAGAUGGUCAUGUCUGAACAGGGUAUAACUCAGGAGCGGAUCGAUGAGUGUCGAGGAGCGAAGGAGAGGAAUAUGUUAGAGGACAUCAGGAAGCUGGUGGAGACUGGAGCAAAUCUGAACUCACGGGAUGACCACGGAGCUACUCUGCUGCACAUAGCGGCAGCUAACGGGUAUGUGUCCGUGGGGGAAUACUUGCUGGAGCGGAGGGUGUCGGUGGAGGAAAAGGAUAAUGAUGGCUGGACACCGCUCCAUGCUGCUGCCUGCUGGGGACAGCUCCAGAUGGUGGAGCUGUUGGUGGCUCAUGGGGCAAGUUUAAAUGCCAAGUCUCUCCUGGAUGAGACCCCUUUAGAUGUGUGUGCUGAUGAGGAAGUGAGAGCGAAGAUGCUGGAGCUCAAACACAAACAUGAUGCCAUCAUGAAGAGCCAGGACAAACACAAAGGCACAUUACAGAGAAGAGUCUCUAGUGCAGGCAGCAGAGGAAAGGUGGUCCGGCGUGUGAGUGUGAAUGAACGCAGCAGUCUGUACAGGAGGGAACAUCAUAAAGAGGCCAUGGUGUGGCAGGAGAGAGGCAGACAGAUAGAACCAGCAGACGACGAUGAGGACAGACAGACGGAUGCUGAACUCAACCAGCAUGCCGUUAUGGUGGCAGAGUCUAGUGGUAUAGCGUCACAACUAGAGGAUGAAGAGAGGUUGAGAGUGUCUUCUCUGGGAAACGGGGGCACUCCUCCUUCCCUGUCCUUCUCUGUUCCAGGGGAGAUGUGGAGCAGUGGGCGUAUGGACCGCAGCGCUUCGUACCAGCUCACCCCUGCUCUGAGCUCCGGGGAGGGCGACGGGAGCGACAGCAUGAGCCGGGAAAAAUCCCACCACACGCUGGCCGACCUCAAACGGCAGAGGGCGGCCGCGAAGCUGCACAAACACCCGGCGCUUCUGCCCUCGCCAACCCCGGAGGAGCCCGAACCCACGGAGCCGCCUCCACAGGACCCUCGGCCGUCGCCCAGCCCCCAGCAGGAGGUGGGCACGACCAGUACUGUGUACUUCACUCCAGCCAGCGGAGAUCCACCCCUCCUCAAACUCCGAGCCCCAGAGGAAGAGACUCCCAAUACAAAAGAACCCUGCUGUGGACUCAUGUAGGGAGAGGGGGGUGGGUUAUCUGCACAUAAACAAA